UCUUCCACACUACUUAGACGUGUCGGUGCCUUCUUCUCCCUCCUCUCUCUCUCUCUCUCUCUCUAACUCACACACACACGCACACAAAAUUAAACACACAGAGUCACAGACAAUAUUUACUGCCCCUGUCAUACCGCAACCUAUUAUUCAUGAAAACAUAAAUUUAUGAUACCGACGUUUAAAAAAAAAAAAAAACUUGUCAUAAACACCAAUUUUGACUCUUUUAGAGUGUCACAAUAAAACUACCCAUUAUUGUUACUCCCUUCUCAUUUUCUCUCACACACACACACUCUUUCUCUCUCUCUCUCACAGCUGCGAUUAGGUGGGGGGUUGAUGGCUUUGUCCUAGCUAGUUUUGUACUAGCUAUCUUUCUUUCCUCUCUCUUUGAGGAGCAUAAACUGAUGUCUUUCAUUAUCUGGAGGCAGAGCUUAGAUGGAAGAGGGAAGUGAUUAUCGGCGGUGGGACGAAUUAAUACCAGAUGCACUGGGGCUAAUCUUCAGCAAUCUUCCUCUCCAGGAGAUACUAACAGUGAUUCCCAGGGUUUGCAAAUCAUGGAGCAAAGCAGUGACGGGACCUUAUUGCUGGCAAGAGAUAGAUAUUGAAGAAUGGAGUAAUCGAUGCCAGCCUGACCAUCUUGAUCAGAUGCUGGAGAUGCUAAUUACUAGAAGCUGUGGUUCGCUGCGCAAACUCUGUGUUUCUGGUCUCCAUACUGAGAUGAUUUUCAACUUCAUUGCGAAAAAUGCUGGCUCCCUUCAGACAUUGCGGCUGCCUAGAAGUGAGAUGAGUGAUUCUAUUGUGGAACAGAUUGCCAGUAGGCUCUCUAUGAUCACAUUCUUGGAUGUGAGCUACUGUGGUAAAAUAGGUGCUCGAGCAUUGGAGGCCAUUGGGAAGAAUUGCAAAUUGCUUGUGGGGCUGUGCCGCAACUUGCACCCAUUAGAUACAGCUGGCAAGCCUUUACAGGAUGAUGAGGCCUAUGCCAUUGCCUCCACAAUGCCUAAGCUCAAGCACCUUGAGAUGGCUUACCAUCUUAUCAGCACCACAAGUGUUCUCAAGAUACUAUCAAGCUGUCCUGAGCUUGGAUUUUUGGAUUUGAGAGGAUGUUGGGAUGUUAAACUUGACGACAAGUUCCUCAAGGACAAGUUCCCAAAAUUAAAGGUUUUGGGGCCACUAGUCAUCGAUCAUUACGAGAGGAAUGACUGGGAUGAUUGCUCGGAUUCCUCGGAUGCUUUUGAGUAUUUGGCAUGGGAAUUUGUGGCUGGUGAAAUGGGAGAAUUUGAUGAAGACGAGGAUGAUGAGAGUUACUGGGAUGAUGAGGGAAGGCUGGAGGAGCUUGAGCUGAGGUUCUAUGAAGGAAAUAAUGAAGAUGCUGAACUUUAUGGUUGGCCUCCAUCUCCAUAAGUCAUGUUUUGUUUUUUGUGAAUUCUCUGGUUUUUUUUUCCCAUCUACUUUGGAACUUGGAACUUCUCUGUGCUAUAUUAUGUAUAUGUUUCAAUGGGAAGCUUUGUCGUUCUACUCCUAUAAGUAAAAGUAUUCCUUCAAACUUUAAAACCCAUUUUCAUUUCAAUUGAAUUAGAAUGCAUUAAUAUA